UUUGUUGUCUGUCACAGGUUAACAAGUUAGGUUUAGUAUCUAUGGUUUUUUUAUGUGGAUGAUUGACUUACAUACAACUCCUCAAAUUUUGCAAAAUUAUUCAUUUAUAUUUACUUAGUGUUUAACAUUUGUGUUCCAAGUGAAUAUGUAGCAGUUACAUAAUAUAGUAUUACUAAUAUUCUAUUUCAUUUACGCACUUCUGUGUGAUUAUGUGUAAAUUUAACUCAUUUUGUCAUUUGGUCUUACUUUUCGUCCAAAUUGCAUAUUUUACCAAUCCAUAAAAAAUAUUUGCCUCAGUGAUCCAUCGUAUCAGUUAUUUCAGUUAUUUGAUAAACAGCAAUGCAGUAAGUGAUUUAGAAAAAUAAUGCCAUGUACGCUCCAGAUAAUAGAAGAAAAGAAGCCAGAGAUGUUAUUUAUCGUAGCAAUUCAAGUCUUGACUUGAUAUAUGCCGAACAUCCUUCGGGAAAUGGAUUACGCCGCGAGUAUGGGAGCCAUGGUUCAAUCGACGUAAUUGGGGGCGCAAACGAUCGGUUGCCCGCGAUGGUUCAUAGCUACAGUGGUGUCUCAGCACCAGACAAGCCAGCAGGUCUCAGUCGUGCUGUUGACAGGAUCACCGACGGAAUUACCAGUGACCAUGCGGAUGGACCUCCACCAAGGUCGAGUGCUAGUCCUAAACCUCGACUUAAACUGAAUAAACUGUGGGGAGGAACUGCGCCUGCAUUAUCUCGUCCUUCUGAAGAUGGGAGCCCAUCAGCAAUACCUGAUGGAAAUAAAAGAAAGCAGUUUGCUCACUAUGACUGUCAAUCCUUAAUGGCCAAUUUGAGUUAUGCAGCUGAGAUCCGAGGAGCAUUACUGAGUAGACGUCGCAACACUACAACUGGAGCAUCUGCUGCAUCCUUGCUUGCGACCCGAGGCCUGCCACCAGGAGAUGACGCUGUACCAGACACUGGAGAUGGAAGAUCAAAUGAGUUAUUAGAAAGCUGUCCAUUUUUCAGAAAUGAAUUAGGAGGUGAAGAAGAGCGAUGUGUUUCAUUGUGUUGGAAGACCGCACGCGGCGCUAUACUCGGCCAGUCGGGGGGCUGGCACCGUCCCCGCGCUGCCUACGGUAUUUCAAUGCUAGAGUUCCCACCAGGACACACGCACUGGCGACAUGGCUGCCCAUUUGCAAGAUCUCUUUCUCCGUUCCCUAUCGAAAGCCAAGAUGGUGGAGCUUUGUACUACAGAAACUACUUCUACAAUCAACCUCAUCAAAACUGGUUUGGUAUGGACGAGAACCUCGGUCCAGUGGCGAUAUCUAUCAAGAAGGAGCGUGUCGAACUUCGCCGCGGCGGUGGCGACGCCUCAGCGCCGGCCUCGCAGCUGGCGUGGCAGUACCGCCUCAUCAUCCGCACAUCUGAACUCCUUACACUACGGGGAUCUGUUCUUGAAGAUGCUCUACUAGUGGCUAAACCAAGCAACAAUAGCGCAACUUAUAAUACUAAAGAAGUUUUAGAAUAUGUUGCACCUGAAUUACAAUUUGGUUGCUUAAGGCUUGGCAUAAACAAUGGUGGUGCAGAAGAACAGCUUUUACGACUGGACGAGCAAUGUGUAACAAGACACUUUAAAGUUGGAGUUAUGUACUGCAAAAGUGGGCAAUCAACUGAGGAAGAAAUGUAUAAUAAUCAAGAAGCUGGGCCUGCAUUUGUGGAAUUCCUUCAGAUGUUGGGCCAGACUGUCAGACUAAAAGACUUUGAUAAAUACAAGGCUGGGCUGGACAAUAGAACUGAUUCCACCGGACUCUACUCCGUAUUCACCACUUACCAAAACUGCGAUUUAAUGUUUCACGUCUCGACUAUGCUGCCUUAUACGCCAAAUAACAGACAACAGUUGUUGAGAAAGCGGCAUAUAGGCAACGAUAUUGUAACCAUUGUCUUCCAGGAACCCGGUGCGGCUCCGUUCACACCGCGGAACAUUCGUUCACAGUUCCAACACGUUUUUGUUGUAGUUAGAGCUAUAGAUCCAUGUACAGAGAAUACGCAUUAUAGUAUAGCUGUGAGUCGUGCUAAAGAAGUGCCUUUGUUCGGACCUCCGAUAAAAGAUGGUGCGAUUUACCCUAAGGGUGAAGCAUUCACUGAUCUACUAUUAAGUAAGGUAAUAAACGGCGAAAAUGCUGCAAUCCAAUCACCAAAGUUUAGUACAAUGGCGACGCGUACGCGUCAAGAGUACCUGAAAGAUUUAGCGAAGAAUUAUGUUACUGCUACCACUGUUGAGACUGGACAAAAGUUUUCUAUAUUCUCGUCACUGCUUAUGAAGAGCGGCAACAAUUCCGCUAAUAACACUUUAAUACCGCGAGUUGACAAUUGCACUAAUGACGUACUGGUUGGCGGUGCGCUGUGCUUUCACGUGCAAGUACAAGAUGAAGGGGCUGGUGGGUCUCUGUUGGAUUGCAUGAUGGGUAUAUCGGCUGACACUGUAGUUUUCGUUGAGGAUAGUACGCGGCAGAUUGUUCUUGUUAUACCAACAACCUAUCUGCUAGGCUGGGUGGUGAGCUCGGGCUGGACGCGCGUGUACUACCACCGCGGCGAGAGCGUGCGCGUGCGCGGCGCGGGCGCGGCGCUGCUGCGGCGCCUGGCCGCCGUCGCGCCGCCGCACGCGCGCGCGCUCGACGAGAUCACGCUCGAGAGGGGCGCGCAGCCGCAACUCGGUUUCCACGUCCAGCCGGACGGGCUAGUGACCCUGGUGGAGAGUACAGGCUGCGCGGCCCGCGCCGGCAUCAAGCGCGGCGCGCGCCUGCUGGAGGUGUGUCGCGCCGCCGUCGUCGCGCUACAUCACGAACAACUCGUCGACUUACUCAAGACGUCUGACCCCGUUACGGUGACAGUGACGUUCGCAUCGAGCUCGAAGUGCCAGUGCGAGGCGGGGCUGGAGGAGUGGGCCCCGCUGGCGCGCGCGGACGCGCAGCAGCCGGGCCGCCCGCGCCGCGCCUACGAGCGGGGACACUCGCCGCCGCGCUCCGACAGCUCCGGCUAUGGCACGGGCGGUUCCUGCCGCAGCGGACGCCGCUCUCCGCAGACGUCGCCGGCGCCCGAGGCAGCGCUGCGGCGACGCUCUCACGACGACGCCGCCUCGCCGCGACACGCGCGACAGAAGCGGGCCUCCGCCAACACAUCAUCUCUCACCGAAGACCUAAUCCGCAUGAUGGACGCGGAGCUGGGUGAGGGCGGGCGCGGCAGCAGGGAGGCGGGCGGGGGCGCGGCCGGCGCGGCGCCGCUGCCGCUGCCCGACGCGGGCGCGCUGGACUGGGCCGCGCUAGUACACACCGCCACCCGGGCCAUGCUGCAGGUAACACAUGUCAUGUUACUGGGUGAGGGCGGGCGCGGCAGCAGGGAGGCGGGCGGGGGCGCGGCCGGCGCGGCGCCGCUGCCGCUGCCCGACGCGGGCGCGCUGGACUGGGCCGCGCUAGUACACACCGCCACCCGGGCCAUGCUGCAGGUAACACAUGUCAUGUUACUGGGUGAGGGCGGGCGCGGCAGCAGGGAGGCGGGCGGGGGCGCGGCCGGCGCGGCGCCGCUGCCGCUGCCCGACGCGGGCGCGCUGGACUGGGCCGCGCUAGUACACACCGCCACCCGGGCCAUGCUGCAGGUAACACAUGUCAUGUUACUGGGUGAGGGCGGGCGCGGCAGCAGGGAGGCGGGC